AUGGGAAACUUUUGUCAGAAGCACUGUUCCUGUUUGGAGCCCUACAUCCCUUGCUUAUUCUCAGGGAGAGACAGUGAGCAGGAUGAGAAAGGUGGCCAAGUCUUCACCAACCUUGCUGUGGUAAGGCAUGACAUCCAAGCAGGACAGAAAGACAGUGACAGUAAGAUAAAAGAGAAACCUUUACCUCCACUGCCUGGCCAGCAUCUGGUGAAUAUUUGCAGAUUUGUGGCACUCUUCAACUAUGAGGCUCGCACUGAAGAGGACUUGAGCUUCCAAGCCGGGGAUAAGCUUGAAGUGUUGGAUGCAUCCCACGAGGGCUGGUGGUACGCUAGGCUUCUCCUGCCAACAGGGUCAGUCUGUCCUGGCCGCAAGCUCCAGGGCUACAUCCCUGCCAACUACAUAGCUGCUGACCAGAGCAUCGAAGCUGAGCCAUGGUUUUUUGGCCCAAUCAAACGAGCAGAUGCCGAGAGACAACUGUCAUACCCUGGAAACCAGGCAGGAGCCUUCCUAAUCCGAGAAAGUGAAAGUCAAAAAGGCGAAUACUCUCUUUCAGUUUUUGAUGGUGAAUCUGUGAAGCACUACAGGAUCAGAAAGCUGGAUGAAGGAGGCUUUUUCCUAACCAGAAGGAAAACUUUUAAAACUCUGAAUGAGUUUGUUGACUAUUACAGUAAAAACAGUGAUGGCCUCUGUGUGGUGCUUGGAAAGCCAUGCCUAAAGGUACAAAUUCCUACUACUUUUGAUUUAUCAUAUAAAACUGUCGAUCAGUGGGAGAUAGACCGACGAUCUCUGAAAUUGUUGAAAAAAUUAGGAUCUGGUCAGUUUGGUGAGGUAUGGGAAGGACUGUGGAAUAACACCACCCCCGUGGCAAUCAAAACAUUAAAACCAGGUUCAAUGGAUCCAAAGGACUUUCUGAGGGAAGCACAAAUAAUGAAGAACUUGAGACAUCCAAAGCUUAUACAGCUUUAUGCUGUUUGUACUUUGGAGGACCCAAUUUAUAUUAUUACUGAGCUGAUGAGAUAUGGAAGUCUUCUAGAAUACCUUCAAAAAGAUGCGGGCUCCCAAAUCUUCCUGCCACAUCAAGUAGACAUGGCUGCUCAGGUGGCUUCCGGGAUGGCUUACCUUGAAUCUCAGAACUAUAUCCAUCGGGAUCUGGCAGCCAGGAAUGUUCUUGUUGGUGAACACAGUGUUUACAAAGUAGCAGACUUUGGACUUGCAAGAGUUUUUAAGGUAGAAAAUGAAAACGUAUAUGAAGCUAGGCCCGAAACUAAACUCCCAGUGAAAUGGACAGCCCCGGAGGCAAUCCGCUACAACAAAUUCAGUGUUAAGUCGGAUGUCUGGUCGUUUGGAAUACUUCUGUUUGAAAUAAUCACCUACGGGAAGAUGCCUUACGCUGGUAUGCCAGGACACCAGGUGAUCCAGAUGCUGGACAAGGGGUACAGACUUCCCCAGCCAGAGACCUGCCCAACGCCGCUCUACGAGCUGAUGCUGCAGUGCUGGAGCGCGGAGGCAGGCGGGCGGCCCACCUUCGAGGCACUCUGCGGGCAGCUGGAGUGCUACUUCGAGACCAACUCCUCUUCCUAUGCCCUCGCCCAGGCCGUGGUGAAAUGA